CUGGAGCUCCCGACAAGUCCCCUGUCGUCGGGUAAUCCCUAUUUAUUUUCUAAUAUGUUAUUGUUUCCCGAGUCAAUUUCAGAACUUCUUAAUUCCUCGUUAAUUUAGUUACGAUGGCUGAUACGAUAUCUAAGAAACUGUCCGGUUUAAGAAGGAAAGCAUCUUUGAAAGUGGUUUUUGCAGUGAAGAAGAAAAGUAGAAACCCAACGUAUUUGAAGGUUUAUAAGAUAUUACAAAAAUCGGAAAAAGAUAGAUCAAAAGAAGAUAAUGAGCUGCUUUCUAAUUCAGCCAGUGUCGUUAAACAGGUUUUAACCCGGCUUGAGAAAAGACAACAAAUAUUAGCAAGAGAAAAGGAAUUUGAAGAUAGCUCUGAAUUGCUGGAAGAAAAAUGUGCCAAAUUAGCUGAAGCAAUAGCUGGAGCGAAGCAUCUGGUAGUUUACAGUGGUGCUGGUGUCAGUACGGCCGCAAAAAUACCAGACUACAGGGGAACAAAUGGGAUUUGGACUCGUUUACAACAAGGGAAAGAGAUUGGAGAUCAUGACCUAUCCGUUGCGGAACCAACAAAGGCCCAUAUGGCUUUGUAUUCUCUUUAUAAAAAUGGUUUUUUAAAGUAUAUAGUGUCACAGAACUGUGAUGGACUCCAUUUGAGGAGUGGACUUCCCAGGCGGGUCCUGUCAGAGGUCCAUGGAAACAUGAAUCUGGAGGUUUGUGAACUGUGCAAUAUUCAGUAUUGGAGGGCGUUUGAUGUUACAACCCAUACCGCACGCUACGCUCACCAGACGGCUAGGCGUUGCAGUGCGUGUGCCUGCCCACUGAGGGAUACCAUCGUACACUUUGGUGAGCGGGGCAGCCUCGCCUGGCCCAUCAACUGGUCCGGUGCUUGUCACGCUGCCAAACAAGCUGAUAUGAUCCUCUGCAUCGGUUCAAGUCUUAAAGUUUUAAAGCGAUAUCCGUGGCUCUGGGGAAUGGAUAAACCAGUGAGUAAGAGGCCAAAACUGUACAUUGUUAACCUGCAAUGGACACCGAAGGAUUUCCAAGCAACCCUUAAAAUUAAUGGUAAAUGUGAUGAAGUCAUGAAACUGGUGAUGGGUUAUUUGAAUAUAAAAAUCCCCGAGUAUGAUAGAACCAUGGAUCCGAUUUUUCACCAUUGCACCAUGCUUCACCCACUUGAAGAACAUACGAUAUCGUCUUCAUUGAUGCUCGUCCCACCUGACAUCAAACGUUUUAAGAAGGAGGCGAUUGAUGUCGAUGAAAUAUCUCAACAUAAGUUAGACGAGAUUGUUUACGGUAUCAAGAAAGAGGAAAUAAUCUGGAGGCCAUUCGGAAAGGAGAUAAUUUUCAAUAGCGGUAAAGUUAUCAAAGAGGAAGAUCGCUUAGCCGAAGAGCCCUGUCAUUCCAAUAUCUCAGUACAGGCCGAUAUAUUCGAUCAAGUCUAUCAGGAAAUAGCAAAAAAAGUUUUACAUCAAACUAACACUGCAUAUUACCAGUCGAUAUACGAACCUCUUGACUUGUCUAAACCGGAAUGUCGAUUUUGUCAUGACUCAUAUGGUUCAACCUGCAUGUUUUACCUCAAGCGUGCUGCAAAGGUACCUGAAAAAGGUCGACCAUGUUAUUGUUGUGACUCAGAGGAUGACACGUCUGAUAACGGUGGAUCAGAUCAGGCAGACCGUAAAACCCCUUCCAAUCCGGGCUGGUUCGGUAAAGGAUACAGGAAGAAAAUUAAGAAGAAAAGAAAUACUGCAAAAACAUUUUUUAACAAAGUGGUAUUUAAGUAUUAA